UAUUUGUAGGCUACACUCCACACUGCUUCCAGCGGAUUGGCAAAAAAAUAACAUUAAAAUCGCCCUGUGGAUAAUUGCAAUAUUGCCGAAUCGAAAUUGUCUGUGAAAUCUCAAGUUAGCGGUCAGCACUUGCGGCAGCUAAAUAAUUCGCGGACUCUUUCUUCGAACCGAUUUUCCGGUCGAAAAAAACAGGCGGCGGCGUCGACACGCGGACCGAACCGAAGGAUCCGAACCAAUCCGAUCCGAUCCGGAGAAAUCUCCAGGACUACAACACAGGACUAUACACCCGCACAAGAGAUGGACGUGUACGACGUUAGUGAUGAUUUGGUGAAGAAGCUGAAGGACUGGAAGCUGAUUGGAAUCAUAUCCGGCAAGUUCAAUGAGCUAAAGGAGAACCACCGCAAGGUGGACUUCGUCGAGCGAGCUCUUAUUGACUUCAAGUACAUGGAGAAGAUCUUUCUAAAUGUAACGCUUCAGGAGGAUAAGUGCAACAAGCGAAGCGUCGAGUUUCGAAUGUUGGGAAACGAGCAGUUCUCACUGAAGAACCGGAAGUACUUUCAGGCCCUGGAGCUGUACAACAAAAGUAUCUGCUAUGCCGAACCCAACUCAGAGCAUCUGUCCAUAGGCUAUGCCAACCGGUCGGCGGUUUUGUUCGAGUGGAAGCGCUACCGGGAGUGCCUGGCUAAUAUUGAACUGGCUAGAAAGGCUAACUAUCCGGCAAGACUGAGCCACAAAUUGGACAAGCGAGAGCGGGACUGCCAGCAGCUACUCGAUCAGCAACCGCCCGAUGUGGUGCCCUACGAGUUUAAGCUCAGCUUUGAUUCGCAUCCCCAGGUGCCCUAUAUCGCUGACUGUCUAGAGCUGCGCGAAUCCGCUGACGAGGGUCGCUUUGUGGUCACAAAUCGUGAUCUGGUAGUUGGAGAUUUGGUGGCCGUGGAGCAGCCCUUCUGUUCCACACUACUAACGCCAAUGCGGUACAUUCGGUGUGCCACCUGCAAGCGGGAGAACUACCUGACCCUUAUACCCUGCGACAGCUGCUGCUCCGUAAUGUUUUGCUCUGAGGAGUGCAAGCAGCGGGCCAUGUCCAGCUAUCACCGCUUUGAGUGCCCCAUCAUUGACUUUCUGCACCGCAUGUUCAACAAGAUCCAUGGCAUCGCCCUGCGCACAACGCUGGGCGCCCUGGAUCUGUAUCCCAGCAUCGAGGAGCUGAUGGCUUUUUGUGAGCAGCCGCAGAAUCAGCAUAAGUGCGCCUUUGAUCUGGACUAUAGUCAGCUGUCGCCGCAAGAACACUACCGGGCCAUCCACGGCCUUGUUACCAACCAGCACAUGCGCUCCGUCUCCGAUCUCUUCCAGCGCUCCGUGGUCUGUGCCGUGCUUAAGCACUUCAUAAUCGAAUUUACGCCGCUCAAGGACCAUUUGGGCGGUGAAGAAGGCAUUAACUUUUUCACGGACCUACUGUUUCGGCAUCUGCAAACGUCGCCCUCGAAUAUGUUUGGCAUAGAUCUUGUGGAACAGGUCAAUGAGACCAAGGACGAUCAGUCGCAUUCGUCCGGAGCUUACGCUUUCCUCUCACUGCUAAAUCACUCGUGCGCGCCUAAUACUUUAAGGAUAUUCGAGGGCACCAAGGCAUACCUGUUUGUCCUGCGGCCUAUUAAGGCGGGAAAUGUGCUCUAUGACAACUAUGGCGCCCACUUCGCUAUUUUCAACAAGCAGAGGCGAUUGGACACGCUGUCCAUGCAGUACCGCUUCGACUGCAAAUGCGAGGGCUGCGAGCUGGACUAUCCCACCUUCGGUCAGAUGCCGCACAAGGCGACGGUGCCGUCGGUGACCGAUGACACGGACAUGAAGUCACUGGGCGCCUACAACUAUGACUUUGCGGUGAGCAAUUACCGGAAGUACUGCGAAUUUCUCACGCAAUAUGGCGCAGCCUAUCCAUGCGAGCAGAUCAGCUCAGCGGAAGAGUGCCUAAAGAUGGCCCUGCAUAUCAUGGUGGACGCAGUGCCGCUUAAGGCAAAAAUGUAAUCAGAUCCUGCCGCUGGACAAACAACACUACAACCACCACCACCACCAACACGGACGAACUUUUCCUUUGCUGACUUUCACUGAAAUCAGCGUAUUACAAGCGAGACACACACAAAAUGAGGAGAGUAAUUGAUUAUAUACAUGUUGUUGCCAUAAGUCUGUAGCGCAGGCAGCAGCGCGAUGAGGAGCACGCCCUUAACUUUUAUAUUUGUAAUUGUACAUUUCGACCUUUGGUUCUAUUUUAUCCUGCACCAUACCACCCCCACCACACAUUUCACAGUUGUUUACAAUAAGUCGCAAGCUCAAAAUUCUAACGUUGAUUUAUUUUUUGAUCACAACAAUGUCUUCGAUGAAAACAAAAACAAAAAACAAACGAG